AUGGCCAUUCUUCCAGAAUUUAUAAGACAGACACCUCCUGUCACAAGAUACCUUGUUUUUGGUACUUUAUUGACAACUUUAGCGGUAAACUUUGGGUACCUUUCGGAAUUAAGAGUCUUUUUCAAUUGGAAGUUAUUUUUAUUCAAAGGAGAGUAUUGGAGAGCUAUUACUACGUUUCUGUAUAUUGGCCCGUUAAGUUUGGAGUCUAUUCUGUACCUGUCCUUUUUGUUACGAUUUAUGAGCAUGCUUGAAGAAGCUAGUCCUCCUCCACGGACGAAAAACUUUUUAAAAACACUAAGCAUCAUUUGUGGAUCUUUGCUAGUUAUGACAUAUUUCUUCCAUAUGCCGUUCGCGGCUUCUUACUUUUCCUUUAGUAUGCUUUAUAUCUGGUCCUGGAAACAUCCUUUGUACAGGGUCUCCAUUUUAGGAUUAUUUGAUGUAAAAGCUCCAUAUGUUCCGUGGGUCAUGGUUCUUCUACGCUGGUUUCGUAGUGGAAGCUUUCCUGUUUUGGAUUUAAUGAGUGCCUUAAUUGGGCAUACCUAUUUUUUCCUUAAUGACUUUGCAGCUAUUUAA